CCCAGGGUGAAUAAAGCCUUGAAAUCUGCAGCUAAGAGGGGCUUGUCUCGGAAGUCAUCGUCUCCCAGGGAGCAGGCAAGGAAGAUAGUGGCAGAAGCGGGAGCUCAGCUCCAGAAGUGGGAGGAUGCAGAGAGGGAGUGUCACCACCCUUUGCUGCCUCACCCCCUUGACUGGAUUCCUGAUCAUCUGUUUGGGGGCUUUCUUCUUUUCCAUGGGGUCAGGCUCUAACUGCAGGGGGAAACUGAUCCUGGCCUAUUGUUUUUUGCCUCUGGGGUUCCUGAUCCUCUUGAGUGGCAUUUUUUGGAGCACCUACCAGCAGGCAAGCCAAAGCAAGCACAUCUUCAACAGAGUGCUCAGACAGCACCUAGGGCAUGAGGACCUGCAAAUUCCUGCUGUGGACAGGCCAGAUUUUUAUCCUCCAUCUUAUGAAGACAGCAUCGAUCCUGAAAAGCAGAUCCCUCUGCAACAGAAGACCUUCAACAUCCCACCACCCCUGUAUACUGAGAGCAGCCUAGAAUUCAUGGACGACACUGACAGCCACAGAGAUAUUCCACCAUCCUAUGAAGUUUCAGUGAGUGGCAUGUUGAUGGCAGAGGUGGCUGGUGCAGUAGUAACAGGAGGAGGAGGAGGAGGAGAGGCAGUGGAGGGCCAAGGCCAAGAAUGCCUCCCAGGCACUUAUGACGCAUGUGUACCAAGAGUCAGCUGCUAAUAAUAAAAAUUGUCA